CUUGCCUUGCAGACUGAUCAGCAGGCUGAAGCCCGUGCCUUCCUCAGCGAGGAAAUGAUUGCUGAGUUCAAGGCCGCCUUUGACAUGUUCGAUGCGGAUGGCGGCGGUGACAUCAGCACCAAGGAGCUGGGGACGGUGAUGAGGAUGCUGGGCCAGAACCCCACCAAGGAGGAGCUGGAUGCCAUCAUAGAGGAGGUGGAUGAGGAUGGCAGCGGCACCAUCGACUUCGAGGAGUUCCUGGUGAUGAUGGUGCGCCAGAUGAAAGAGGAUGCAAAAGGCAAGUCUGAGGAGGAGCUGGCCAACUGCUUCCGCAUCUUCGACCGGAAUGCGGAUGGGUUCAUCGACAUCGAAGAGCUGGGUGAGAUCCUGAGGGCCACUGGGGAGCCUGUCACCGAUGAGGACAUAGAGGACAUGAUGAAGGACUCGGACAAGAACAACGACGGCCGGAUCGACUUUGAUGAGUUCCUGAAGAUGAUGGAGGGUGUGCAGUAAGCGACCAGACAUUCCUCGGGCCGGCUGCUGCAUCCAGCCCUGCUCCACCACCGCCCGGGGAGAAGCAGCUCUGCAGCAUCCGGCCCUGCCCAGCCGUGCUGGCUGAGACCCUGCCCCGUGCCAGGGCUCUGGUCUUGUCCUGCCGCUGUUGGCCAAGCUUUUCCCCUGGUCCAUCGCACGUGGUUUCAGCCUGAGCCUCAAUAAA